GUUGUAUGUCAUCGUACGUUGUCCAAUUUCUUCAAACUUCUAGGAUUUUGAAGAAAUAUUGAAAACAAAGAGACUAUUAAUGAAAUAAAACGAUAACCGGCUUCUUGUAUAUACAAUGACGUUCCUAGAAGACACGUUGAUUAUUUUAAUAUCGCAGAUAGUAUUCUUCGUAGGCGGCUGGAUAUUCUUUGUGAAGCAGCUGUUCCGAGACUAUGAGGUGCAUCACUUGCUAGUGCAGCUUAUAUUCUCCGUGACGUUUGCACUCAGCUGCACCAUGUUCGAGCUGAUUAUCUUUGAAAUCAUUGAUUAUCUUGAUUCUAGCUCCCGAUAUUUCCACUGGAACAUGGGUCUCUAUUCCUUGCUGUUCAUGGUGAUAGCAUUAAUACCAUUUUAUAUAGCAUACUUUUGUAUCAGCAAUAUUCGUUUUGUUUCUCAAAAUAUGAUAAGGCCAUUGACCAUGUUUGUGUGGUUCAUAUAUUUGUACUUCUUCUGGAAGAUUGGAGACCCAUUUCCUAUUCUAAGUCCAAAACAAGGUAUAUUUUCAAUAGAGCAGGGUGUCUCUCGAAUAGGAGUGAUUGGUGUUACAGUAAUGGCGUUACUAUCUGGAUUUGGUGCUGUCAAUUACCCGUAUACUUCUAUGGCUAUAUUUAUAAGACCAGUAACCCAAUCAGAUGUUCUAUCAAUAGAAAAAAAAUUGCUUCAAACCAUGGACAUGAUAUUAGUGAAAAAGAAAAGGAUAGCAUUAGCCGAAGCCAACAGUAUGGGAGCGAGACAGCAAUACAAUAUGUUGGAUCAGAGUAAUGUAAAGAAUAGAGGAGGAUUUUGGACUAAUAUUUUGUCUAGUGUCGGCAGUAUUGCUAAUCCUUUGGGUCAUGGAAGUGAAAACAUCACCCAACUCCGUCAAGAGAUAUCAGGCCUAGAAGAGCUGAGUCGCCAACUGUUCUUAGAAGCCCACGAUGCCAGAACUAUGCGGGAGAAGAUAGAGUGGUCCAAUACCUUCCAGGGGAAGUACUUCAACUUCCUCGGCUAUUUCUUCUCGUUGUACUGCGUUUGGAAGAUUUUUAUUUCAACAAUAAACAUAGUAUUCGACCGGGUCGGCAAAAAAGACCCCGUGACCCGCGGCCUAGAGAUAGUCGUCCACUGGCUCGGCUGGCACAUUGACGUCGCCUUCUGGUCGCAGCACGUGUCCUUCAUACUGGUCGGCUGCAUCGUGCUGACCAGCAUCCGAGGACUGUUGCUGACACUCACCAAGUUCUUCUACAAGAUAUCAUCAUCGAAAUCUUCGAACAUCAUUGUCUUAAUUCUAGCUCAAAUAAUGGGCAUGUAUUUCUGUUCGUCGGUUUUGCUCAUGCGUAUGAAUAUGCCUCCGGAAUACCGUAUCAUCAUAACUCAAGUUUUAGGAGAUCUACAGUUUAACUUCUACCAUAGAUGGUUCGAUGUGAUAUUUCUAGUUAGUGCGCUGUCUAGUAUAUUUACUCUGUAUUUAGCUCAUAAGCAACCGUCUGUGAGUUAGUUUUGUAGGUUAAGUUCAGAAUGUUAAAUUGUUAGGUUUUGUCUUGUUGUGUCUUUUCAAGGCAAAAGGUGUGUAAAAUAAUGUUUGAGUGAGUUGCCAUUGGUGUAAAAAAGUGUAAUAUUUACAUUAUUCGUUUGAAGUUGUGUAAUUUACUAUUGGCUACACUCGCUAACUAAAAAAAAACUAAAAAAAAGGGUUAUGAUGAUGCACUAAAAAACUGAUUUCCGUAACUUUCUAAUAACAAACUUUUUUGUUAUUAUUUUUUUUUCUUUCAGUGUAAAUGUAAAUAAAAGAUAUUUUUCGUUACAAAUGGGAUUUAGCCUCUUUAUAAUUAUGUGCACUUUCUGAAUGAUACUAAAAUUCUUGAGUAUUUGUUUCAAUGAAAUUGUUAAAUAAUAUUGGCCAUGUGUUACCUAAAGGUUUAAAGCACUGUGUGAUCAAACGUAUGUUGGGCUGUAUGACAAAUUAUUUAUAAAGAAACUGCUUUUUUCUUUUUGCUACUUGCUUAUUACAUAGAUCUAAGAUUAUAACGCACACUUAUCCUCCCAAAAGACCUAUGUUAAUUAUAUUAUCUGUCUACUUAAAUAUCUUUUUGAGUUCCACUAAAUAUUUCCUAGAUCUUAUGAACUUAUCUUUGUCGUAAAAAUAAUGAAUUUCUUAUUUUUGUGAAUUGUGUAAGUUGAUUGCUGAUUUAUAAUCUAACCUCGAAAUUCUGAAACAUUACAUAAAAUUAAGUUUUACUAAAAAAUAUUUCUUUUGUGACAGAGAAAAUAUUGUUGGACGUUUGAUGUACUCCUUAAUAUUGAGUGAUGUUUCAGUAUUUGGAAAUAAGUCAUGAAAUAAAUAAAAGCAAUACCUAACAAAAAUGAUUUCCUAAAAACAUGUUACAUAUUAGUUUUAAGUACGAAUAGUUUUGUUAAGACUGAUAAAACUUAAAAUUAAGGAAAAAUAAAACUCCACGAAGUUUACAA